UGAAGGAUCACCCCCCUCACAAUUUAGUAACGUCCCCACUGCGCAUGUAGUCAGUGCAGACAGCGCUCCUCCAUCUUGGGGGACAGUAUCAUCUACAAAAUACCUUUUAACAAAAUAAUAACAAUUGUGGCAGAUGUGGCUAAGGCACAGCGGGGAAGACUGACGGCGGCGCGGUGAGCUGUCAGGAGCUGUCUUGGCGACGGCGCCAGAGCUGCGAAGGGCUAGCGCUCCUCAUCCAGCACAAGGCACGAUCCGGGAUCUCCAACGAAACCUACUUAAAAUAAAAUUACGCCGACAUGCAGGAUUAGCUUUGUGUGGGAGAGAGCAGUCAUUUUGAGAAUGGAGCUGAUCAAGGCGUUCCUUCUCUUUGUCAUCUUCUGCUUUGGUAUUGAACGGAGUUUGUCCGGUGAAGCAACCACAAAGAAAGGAAAGGGAAAGAAGAAGCAGUAUCCCUGUCCAUCAGAACAAUCAGCUGAAGAUCUUGCACGGACUCCUGCAAAUUCCACUAGUAACAUCCUCAGCAGAUUACUUGUCUCAUAUGACCCAAGAAUACGGCCAAAUUUUAAAGAUAUUCCAGUUGAUGUACAAGUAAAUAUUUUCAUUAACAGUUUUGGCUCAAUCCAUGAAACAACUAUGGACUAUAGAGUGAAUAUAUUCCUGAGACAAAAAUGGAAUGACCCUCGACUCAAACUACCAAAUGAUUUUAAGGGUUCAGAUACUCUGACUGUGGAUCCAACAAUGUUCAAAUGCUUAUGGAAGCCUGACUUAUUUUUUGCAAAUGAAAAGAAUGCAAAUUUUCACGAUGUAACACAAGACAACAUCCUGCUCUUUAUAUUCCGGAAUGGUGAUGUGCUGCUCAGUAUGAGGUUGUCAAUAACACUUUCAUGCCCUCUUGAUUUGACCCUGUUUCCCAUGGAUACACAGCGUUGCAAAAUUCAGCUGGAGAGCUUUGGCUAUACCACCGAAGACCUGAAAUUCAUUUGGCAAGCUAAGGACCCCGUACAGAUGGAAGAAAUUGCAUUACCGCAGUUUGAUGUUAAAGAGGAAGAUAUUGAAUAUGGAAACUGCACAAAGUAUUAUGAAGGCACUGGUUAUUACACAUGCGUGGAAGUGAUUUUUACAUUAAGAAGACAGGUUGGAUAUUACAUGAUGGGCGUUUAUGCUCCGACUCUUCUGAUUGUUGUCCUUUCUUGGCUGUCAUUUUGGAUAAACCCUGAUGCAAGUGCUGCAAGAGUACCUUUAGGCAUCUUCUCAGUCCUCAACUUGUCAUCCGAGUGUAUGAACCUUGCUGCAGAACUGCCCAAGGUUUCCUAUGUAAAAGCCAUGGAUAUCUGGUUGAUAGCUUGCCUUCUGUUUGGGUUUGCAUCUCUUGUGGAAUAUGCGGUUGUGCAGGUUUUGUUGAACAGCUCAAAAAUAGUUGAAGCCGAAAGGGCUCGAAUCCAAAAGAAGUUGAAGGCAAAGGAGCAAGCUAUUGCAUCUGAAGGGAAAGGAUGUGGAAACUGGGUUAAACCUUCUUCUAAAAAUACCGUUAAUGGCACAGAUACUCCUGUUCAUAUUAGCACAUUACAGGUUGCUGAAACAAGAUGCAAAAAGGUUUGCACUUCCAAAUCUGACCUGAGAUCCAAUGACUUCAGUAUUGUUGGCAGCUUGCCUCGGGACUUUGAAUUGUCCAACUAUGAUUGCUAUGGAAAACCCAUUGAAGUUAACAAUGGUCUUGGGAAGCUUCAGUUAAAAAAUAAUAAGAAGCCUCCACCUCCAAAGCCUGUCAUCCCAACAGAAGCGAAACGGAUCGACCUCUAUGCAAGAGCUUUGUUCCCGUUCUGCUUCCUCUUUUUUAAUGUCAUAUACUGGUCUGCAUAUCUAUGAACGUUCCAUUGUUCUGUUUCGUUGUAUGAGAAAUAUCAAAGAAUGGCAUCUCUCAAGCAUAUUUUUUCAUUCUAAACGCUUUGUGAUUAAAAGUUGAUUUGAAACCAACUGUAUUCAUGUCAAAUUUGAAUGAAAGCAUGAAAUUGCAAUGCAAAUAUUCUAACCAAACUAUGCUGUAUGCUGCUGUACAGCACCCAGUUCAUGAAAACUGAACUACGUUGUAAUCAUUCUCCUAUUCUCAGAAUAACAUGUUGAUGAUGUUGUGAUAGGUCAUUGAAAGUACGUUGAAAGUUUGAUGUUACUUUUAAUUGAGCACGCUUAAUGUUCCUAAUGUAUGAAUUUAAGAAAAAUUUUACGUUCCAUAUCGUAAGUGAAGUUUGUUUUGAAAUCAUGUUACCACAACCUGUCCGUCAGUUUUGGAUUGAAAGUGAGCUUUUGUUCAUGCCACUGCCAUUUGUAAAUGAGAAAAAUAUAGUAUAUAUUUCUCCAUUUGUCAAAGUUUGAUAGUUAAAUUGCCAAGUCUAUUGAGAUGUUGUAAUAUUAAAUAUAAAAUGUAUAUCAAUAAUGGCUUUUGUUUCAACAGUGAGUAAUAUAAAUACAUGUUAUAUGACAUAUACAAUACAACUUCAGCAAUAUCUGAAAUCAAAUAGAGCAUUUAGAUGGUAUCUGUGUAUGAAUAAUGUCCUUACAAAAGAGAUUAUAGAGAAAUAAAGAAAUGUGCACAAAUUGUGUACCUGAUGCUUUCAUUCCAUGCACUGAUUGAAAAUAUAUUAGCUGCUGUAUAAUGUCAGUGCACUUUAUAACAGCUUCUAUUAAGUUUGAUAGCACUUAUGUAUUUAUGGUGCACAUAAUAGGCCACACACAGCUAUAUAUAUAAAAUACAAUGUGUUGGCAGUGAUCUGUAAGAUAUAAUACUGCAGGA